AACAUUAUGCAAAUCAUGUAGCAUCAGUGAAUAAUGUUGCUUUUCAUCCAAAUGGAAAUUUUCUUUUAACUGCAUCAAGUGAUGCUACAUUAAAAAUAUUUGAUCUACUUGAAGGACGUCUUAUUUAUACAUUACAUGGUCAUCAAGGACCUGCAAUGAGUGUAGCAUUUUCAAAACAAGGAGAUUAUUUUGCAUCAGGUGGUCAAGAUCAACAAGUUCUUGUUUGGAAAACUAAUUUCGAUACAACUGCACCAUUUGUUGAUACAACUAAUAUAAGAAAUAAUAAAUAUACAAAUGGAAGUGAUCUAACAAGUAAUGAUUAUAGUACAACAUCACGAAUCUCAUCGGCAAAUAUUCAACAAAAUAAACCACAAAUAACAUCCUUGCGUGAAAAAUCUAAUCCAGAAACAAGUGAUGAACGACGAGCACGAAAAAUCGAAAUGUUUAGUGGAAAAUCAACAACACGUACAUUCGAUGAUGAUGAUCGUCUUGAAAUAACAAAUAUUGGACCAGCUUAUGAAAAUGGCAUAGCUCGUUCAAAUAGUGCUUCAGCUUGUUUAAUUAAUUCAGCAACAGUAGCUAAUGGAACAAGUAAAAAUAAUCGUGCGACAUACGAUGUUGAAACUACUGCUCAUCAGACAUACUCACCACAAUUAACAAAUACACUUGAACAUAUUGUUCAACAAUUAGAUAUAUUAACAAAAACAGUAUCUAUACUUGAAACACGUUUGACAAUGACUGAAAGUAAAUUACAAGAUUUAAAUGAUCAAGGACAAGGUAAUAAAAAAAAAGUUUAA